CCCACCCGCGGCAGAAGCCAAGUAGUGUGUGAAGGGAGUGGUUGUGUUGACGCAUGCGCAAGGGUUUCCUGGACGGCGCUUGCAAAGGGAAGACUUGCAAGGGAGGACCCGAUCCCAAAGCAUCUUGACUCGAGCUCAUCCGAGAAGGCGCCGGGUUCGGGGAAGCCGAGCCCUUUCCCGCCUCGCCGUUUGAGGAGGGCCGCCCUCCGCCUCGCGUUGCUUCCUCGCCCGACUCUCCGGGAGACCCUCGUCGGCGACCAUGGGAAGCCACAGCUCCAAAGCCGCCAAGGGAGACCUCGCCGUGCAGGACGCCGCCGCCGCCGCCGGGGACGCCUCGCCCUCCAAGUCCAACGGCCAGGAGAACGGCCACGUCAAGAUCAAUGGAGAUGUGUCUCCCAAAGCGGACGGCGAGGCCACUCCGCUGAACGGCAACGGAUCCGCUGAGCCGGUCAAGGAAGAAGCCAAGGCGGAGUCCGGUAGCGGUGAUGCCAUCGAGCCGGCCCCGGUUGCCGAAGGCUCUGGAGAGGCCAAGGCGGACGGAGACGCCAAGCCUGCCGCCCCCAAGGAAACCCCGAAGAAGAAGAAGAAGUUCUCGUUCAAGAAGUCCUUCAAGCUGAGCGGCAUCUCCUUCCGGAAAGCCAAGAAGGAGUCCGGCGAGGCCUCGGCUGCUUCCUCUCCCAGCGGCGGGGAGGAGCAGCCGGGCAAAGCGGAAGCCAAGGGGGAGGAGAGCAACCCGGAGGCGGAGCAGAGCGGGGCCACCAAUGAGGAGGCCGUGGUGGAGAAGGAGGAGGAGGAGAAGGUGGCCACCGCUCCCGCCGUGGAAGCCUCCGCUCCGGAAGCCCCGGAAGAGGAGCCGGCCAAGCGGGAAGGAGGAGGCAGCGAAGAAGGAGCGGCAAAGGAGGAGGAGAAGCCGGCGGAGGUCCCGUCGGCCCCGAGCGAGAGUCCGGAGGAGACGAAAGCGGCUGAGGCCGAAGCCAGCCCGGUGCCUGCCGAGCAGAAGGAGGAGUAGAUCGAUCGAUCGAGCCAACCCAGCGUCCGUCUAACUUAACGAGAAACCGGAGGGAGGGGGGGAAAUGACUUUUUAUUAUUUUGUUGUGCCAUCCUUUUCGUCCCAGUCAACCCAACGGAACUGCUGCCUUGCUCUCGUCGUCGACCCAGAUGCCACUCUGCGGCGCCGAGAAGACGAGCCCCUCUCCGGCGUCGAACUUAAUGGGUCCCGCCCGUCCGUCCCCCCGUCCUCCUCACUCCAAGAUGGUUCCCUUUCUCACCCGAAGCAAAAUAUGUUAUCACGAAAAGAGAGGACAGCGGCGUCAACACCAUCUCAAAUACGUUGAUUCCCCCAUUGGCAUCACACUACGGAGCCGGUCGCCUUUUUUUGCAAAAAGAUAUCCUUCCCGAAAACUGUGAAAAUGGAAGGAUAAGCGUCGUUCCUGGACAGAAACUGGAACGCGGCUCCGUUUUUGUGAGGCUCUCAAACCAAUGCCCCGAGCUCUUGGCUUCUCCAACCUUUUGGUUUCUACUAAUUCUCCGAGCAGCUUCUUCUCGUCGUCGUCGUCAUUGUCGUCUUUCUUUUUUUUAAUUAUUAUUAUUGUUUUCAACGAGAAAAAAAGUCCAAUAAACCAGCAAUGGUCUGUUCUUCAGAACGGAUCUCUCUUUUGAUCUCUCGGUUUACAUUCCUGGUUCUGACUUCAUUUUAAGGGUAUUUUGUGCUUUUUAUAGAAACCGACCGUUGAAGAAGAAGAAGAAAAAGCUAAUCUGGUUAGUUUUUUAUAACGUCUUGCUCUUUGGCUUUAAAACCAUAAAGCUUGUAAGUCCACUGUGUUUAAUUUGACUUCAGAGGGAGAUCUUUGGGUUUAUUUUGGGGGGUUGGGAUGGAAAGGGGGGUGGGAGGGGGGAGCGUGCUGGCUGUAUGGCGUGACUCUUGGUUUCCUUUGUUUUUGUUUUGUUUUCCUUGUCUUUGUAAAUAAUUUUUUAAUGACCCAACUUCAGAAUCUGCCGUUUUCUAACUCCUAAAAUAAUAAUAAAAACAAAAGUUGUAUGGGUCUUUAUUGUAACAUUGGAAAGGAAUAAAUGGUGACCCCCUUUA